AAUGAAGGUUGCUUUAUUCACGUUAAAAAAAGAAAUGGCAACAAUGAAUACACAGAAGAAGAGGUAUACUGGAAUGGCAGAACAGUGGUUGUAAGUGUUCUCGAUGUAUAUCACAAUACAUAUUUGCUUAGUAAAUGCUUCACAGUUGAAACUGAUAUAAAAGAUGUUGUUUACACUAAAUUUCAAAUGGUAGAUGACUCUCAAGAGCUUAAUGACUGUUUGUGCAUAUUAGAGAAAGGGUACCUCAGUGUGUUUACUGACACAGGUACUGCUUAUUAUACUCCUCUGCCAUUUAAGGUUAAAAAGAUGUGGGAGAUAAGUAUUGGGAUUUGUGUUGAAAGAGAGGUGUUAUCGUAUGAAACUGAAGAUGAUAGGAAAAAAAUGCCAAUAUUGUUCAGUUUAUUGCACCCUCUAGAAGACUUUAAACCUGUUGUUUACAGAUAUCAAGAUAGUUGCAGACCAAGUUAUUUUACAGAUGUUUCUCAGCAUAUAAUAUACACAAGUAAAGAACAUUCUAUUGCGUUGUCUUAUGAUACUAUGCUUGGUUUGCAUUCAAUAUGGCUAAUUAAAAAAGCAGAAGAAAAGGACAUGCCUGAUCCUUUGCAGCAACAAGACAAUUUACCUGAGUUUCUUUUUUUAUCAAACCAAUCAUUGAGCUAUGUUUCCACUAGUGAUACUCGACUAUCAAAAUCUCCUGCUCCUAAAAAGCGUCAUUCUUGUCCACCUAUUCCUUUUCAGGGAUGGAAAGCAUCACCUGCAGGAAAGACAGGUUCUCCUGCUAUAUCAGCUCGUUCACCAAAUACAAAUAUUAAAAGUUCUCCACGUGUCAAUUAUAUGAAUGCAGUGAUGGAAAGUCAGAAUAAUGAAUCAACAUACAUUCGUAAAUCUUACACAUCCUCUCCUAUGAUGUUUCGUAUGUCUUGUGAUGAAAGUGCAUUUGAGGAAGAUGUUGAUCCAUUACCACCAGACAUAUGCAUGAGCCAAGUGUGGCAGGAGCAUGGAAACAUUAUAAGACACGGAGUGAAAGGUAAAGGUGAAAUUGCAUUUGUUACAACUGAUUUCUAUGGUGAUUCAUAUUUCGUUUAUUUUUUGAAAAACCUCAGCAAAUUUCAACUUUUAAAAAUGAAUUUACAUGGUGACAAUGUGCAAUUUGACAAAAUUAUGGAGCUUGAUUGCCUUGAUAUUGGUGUAUUCAAGAGUCUCUCCAUGUAUGCAGUUAUUGAUUUAUCACAAAAGGUCAACCUUUAUACUGGAAAGCAAAAGGUAGUGACACUAGAAUUGCCAAUCUUUUCAGCUGAUGAGCUCUUACAAAAAAGAGUCAGCAUGUAUAUGUUUGCAGCUACAAGCUUUCAUAUUUACAUAAAUCCAGAAGAUGUUAAAAGAGUUCAAGUGCAUGAUCUUGACUAUUGCAAUAAAGCUAAUUUAUGCAUUUCUUUGCUUCGAAACAUACUGUCUGAUAGUGAAUACAAUCUUGUCUGUUCAAAGUAUUACUUAUCACUCAGUGAACACAGUGCUGUUCAUUUCGUGUCUUGGAAUAAAUUUGUUUGUGCAACUUUGAAAUUUAUGGGUUUUCCAGAAUCAUCAUAUAAACAUUUAAAUGAAAAUAUUGCAAGUCCUGCACCUCCUCAAGCAAAAAAAGCAAAAAAAAGUGAUUCUUAUAUUGGUUUUGAGGAUUGGGAAUAUGUUCUAGAAAGCAAAGAAAGUUCUUUGAAUAAACUAUAUAAUGUGACAGAGCUUAAAAGUGACAGCCAAAGCAAUACAGAGAUAACGAUGCAAAAACUUUCACCUUUGUAUAAGCACAUACCUUCGAUUUUUAUUUGUUGGCAUCAACUUUAUGAGGAGCUGAAAUUAAAUAUUUUUGAAAUUCCACAUAUAAUAAUGGUUGCCAAGUUAUUGCACUUUUUAGCAAGUGUGUUUUCCUUGAAAAAUUACUUAAAGUUAUAUGAAGAAGAUUUUCCCGUCCUUAGAAGAAAUACAUUCUACACAUUAACUGAAGGGCACAGUUUUGUAUUUAAAGCUGACUGUGAAAGUGUUUUCACUGCUAUUUAUGGAGCCUUUCAAGAAGCAAAGAGUUUUAUUUACCAUUUCUCUGAAAAAUUAUCCCACACUUUAGUCAUAGUAAAGGUUUUUUCAUUAAUACUUACACUUGUUGAGAAAGAAACUGUUGACACCGAAAAAUUGUUUUCUCAGCUGCAGUUAGAUAGCACAUGCUGCCUGGUAGAUAACAUUAUAAACACAAUGAUAGAAGAAAGUUUUACUGUUCAAGAUAUUGAAACACUUCCGAUUGCUUACAAAUUGCCAAUUAAAGAGUUGUUUUAUCAAUACAAAAAAACAAAUAAGUCAGAGAUGUCAGGUGAUACAGCUGCAUAUUUAAAUCGUGAAGAUAUUGUUUUUUUGAAGAAUGAAAAUUGUCAAACCAGUCAAGAUAAAGUGAUACUAAAUAGUGUUCAAGAUAGUGAUGGGAUGUCCUUUGAUAAUGAGGUGCUUAAAGUUCGCUUUAACCAAGAUUUGCGUAUAGAUGAAGUUAAGCGUUUACUUGAUUCAUCCAAACCAGUCACACUAAAACUGACACAAAAACUUGAUGUCAAUGAUCAUGCUUUUGCUAAAGAAGAAGAAUCUUAUUUGGGUUUAUUGUGUAAUAGAACUAUGUCAUUACCAGUUGCAAGAGGCAUGUUCACAUUGGGUACAUCUAGUCCAAUUCAAUCUGAAGCUGUAGUUAUACCAACUCUUGAGCUUUCUGGUUAUUCUAAAACAAACAACAAAACUGUAGCAAAUAAUUUUAAUGACAAUGCGUUGUUGUUAUGGCCUUCUUUCCAUAAUGGUGUUGCUGCUGGUUUAAAAAUUGCUCCUAGUGUGUCACAGGUAGGCUCUACUUGGAUACUUUUUAACAAACUUAAAUCAGCUGAAACUGCAGCUGACCAUGCAGGAUUUUUAUAUGCUCUUGGAUUGUCUGGUCAUUUAUCAGUACUACCUAACAUUUAUUUACACGACUAUCUCAUUAAAGCUCAUGAUUUAACUACAAUAGCACUUUUGAUUGGUAUAUCAUGUACACAAAUUGGAUCAAAAAAUUCAGACAUUUAUAAAAUUAUUAGUCUCCAUCUUGACUCGCUACUUCCACCAACCAGUUUGGAACUUUUCAUCCCCCAAGUUAGUCAAGUUGCUGCUAUUAUCUCACUAGGUUUACUCUUUUUUAACACUGGAGACAGCCACCUUGCUAAAGUUUUAAUUAAAGAAAUCGGACGGGCACCUGGUUCUGAUCUGGAAAGUUCUUUGGAUCGUGAGAGUCACGCCUUAGCAUCAGGAUUUGCAUUUGGAAUGAUUAUGAUUGGGCAAGGAAAAGAUACAGUACAAAUUGCAGACCUGAAUGUUAUUGAUGCACUGUAUCACUAUAUGUUUGGCGGACAUAAAAGAGAUCAGUUUUAUUAUGAGCCUUCUCAACAAAGUUGUCAAAUUCAGGAAGGUGAUUUAGUAAACACAGAUAUCACUUGUGUUGCUGCUGUGGUUGCACUUUCAUUAUUGUACUUAAAAACAAAUAACAAGCAUGUUUCUUCUUGGUUUAAGUGUCCUAUAUCUGAAAAACUUUUUGAUACAAUGAAACCUGAUCAAUUGCUUUUAAAAUGUAUGGCUUAUAAUUUUAUUAUGUGGGAUGAAUUAGUACCUAAUGAAACGUGGUUAAGAAGUUUUACUGUAGAGUAUAGUGUAGGUCCAGAUGGUUCUCUUAAGCUUGAUGAGGCACCAGAGAUCCAAUACUUCACCAUAUACAUUGUUGCUGGUUGUUUUCUUGCACUCGCAAUAAAGUUUGCAGGAAGUCAUAAUACAGCUGCAUUCAAUUUAAUGUUUCCAUGGUUACAACUUGUAAAGAAGACUUUGAAUGCAGCUUACACUUUAGAGAGUGGUGUUUGUGUGACUUUAGAGCAAAGCUUAGAUACAAUUCUUUUGGCUUUAUGUUUGGUAAUGGCUGGCUCAGGCAAUAUUAAGCUUUUGCGUUUUGCUCGUCAGCUUCAUAAACGAUGCUCAGUUGAUGUAACUUAUGGAAAUCACAUGGCAACACACAUGGCUAUUGGUUUUUUAUUUCUUGGUGGGGGAAGGUAUACCUUAAAGACAGAUAAUGUAGCAAUUGCUUGUCUUUUGUGCUCUCUUUACCCUAAAUGGCCAAUUAACAGUAAAGAUAACUUGUAUCACCUGCAAGCUCUUCGACAUCUAUAUGUUUUAGCAUGUGAACCCAGACUCUUUGUUGCUCGGGAUAUUGAAACAAAGCAGAUAUGUUUUGUUCCAAUACAAGUCACAUAUAAAGAAACAGAUUUUUAUCCUGAAACAGCAGUGAAACUUAUGUCUCCCUGUUUCUUACCUGAGCUUGAAUAUGUAAAGGAAGUUUCUAUAAUAGGGACAAGAUACUGGCCAAUAAUUUUCAACAUUGAAAAUAACGUUAUCAAAUUUAAAAAUGAAAUGUUCAAUAUAUAUGUUAAAAAAAAAGCUGGUUAUCUUUCGUACUCAGAGGAUCCAAAGGGAAACAAAAAUCUUGUUAGUGUAAUUUCUCACCAAUCAGAUAAGUUAAUGCAAUUCAAAUUGAUAAAUUCAGAUCCGGAUAUGGAGGUUUUUUCUCAGCUGUUUUGUACACCUGAUGAAGAUGAAGGAGACAAUUCUAAAAGGAAAGUUAAUUUUUUUUGUGACAUUUUAUACGACUGUGUGCUCAAAGAUAAAUUGGAUAUUCUCAGCGAUUACAUUUCAAUUGAAGAGACAUUAGAAAAUUUUGAAGCUGGUAAACAAUGCAAUGAAAAUAUAAAACAGUUAAAUCUGUUAUUACUUUAUUACGAAAAAAUUCAUCCAAAACUUCAAAAAAGGGGUUUAGUGCAGGAACCACUGAUAAACUCAAUAUACAUGAUGCAAGCAUCUUAUAGGCUACAAAAAAUACAACAGAGUGAAAAGUACGCUUAACACUUUGUAACACUUUGUAAUUUUUUAAAUUUGUAAAUAAAGCUGAAAUAUAUUUA